AUGCAUCUACUAGUCUUUCCAGCACCCAUUGCUGAAGUAUGCUCAGGCCAGCCUCCUCCACUUGGCACCCAUCCAAUGCAAACUCGUGCAAAAUCUGGCAUUUUCAAACCUAUCCACCGGUCUCAUGUAUGCAUAGUUCCCCACUCUGGGCUCCUUGAAUCUUUUCUCACCAUGCGCGAACCUAAAGGCUUCAAAUCUGCUGCCAAACAUUCUGGAUGGAUUGCAGUCAUGGAUGAAGAAUUCAGGCCCUUCACAAAAAUCAUACAUGGGAUUUGGUACCUAAACCGCCCAAUGCAAAUGUUGUGGGCUCUAAAUGGGUUUUCCGUGUCAAAUAUCUAUCGGAUGGCUGUGUCGACCGCCUUAAAGCCCGCUUGGUUGCAAAGGGCUAUACACAACAACCGGGAAGAAGUUUACAUGGAUCAACCACCUGGUUAUGUUGAUUCUAAACAUCCCUCAUAUGUUUGCCACCUUCGUCGGGCUCUCUAUGGUCUCAAACAAGCUCCACGAGUUUGGUUGCAUCGCGUCAGCACCUUUCUCUUGGCCAUUGGCUUCGUUUGCAGUCAAGCUGACUCAUCCUUAUUUGUUCUCUCCAAGGGUGCUGACUUAAUUUAUCUAUUACUCUAUGUUGAUGACAUCGUGGUAACUGGCAACAACACGACAGUCCUUGAUGACUUCAUUUGUAGGCUGACUAGCGAAUUUUCCACUAAAGACCUUGGAUCUCUGAAUUAUUUCUUGGGCUUGGAAGCUCAUCUCACUUCUGCUGGUCUUUUUCUUAGCCAAACCAAGUAUGCUCUUGAAAUCCUACAGCGUGCCCAUUUGGUUGACUCCAAACCGGUCUGCACUCCCUUGGUAGUCGCUCAGCAUCUUUCCACCAUGGGUCUCGAUUUUGAUGACCCACAUCUCUUUCGGUCGCUUGUGGGAGCUCUCCAAUAUCUUACCAUCACUCGACCGGAUAUCACUCAUGCUGUAAGUGUCGUCAGCCAGUUCAUGCACAAGCCUUCUAUCUCUCAUUUUCUGGCAGUAAAAAGGAUACUACGAUAUAUCAAGGGAACUCUUCGAUUUGGAUUAUCCUUCACUCCAUCUUCUUCUCGGGAACUCCUUGCCUAUUUAGAUGCCGAUUGGGCUGGCUACCCUGACACACGUCGCUUAGUUUCUGGUUAUGCAAUCUAUUUUGGUGAAAUUCUAGUGUCUUGGAGCUCCAAGAAGCAGCCGACAGUUUCACGCUCCAGUUGUGAAUCUGAAUAUAGGGCUUUAGCACUCACAACCUCCAAGGUUAAAUGGCUAUGA